UGGGAUUCUUUAUGACUAUGAAGAAUAUAAAGGACUCUCAAGAAUGCUAUUUCUUGCUCUUCCUUCGCAGAUACCAGACAAAGUAUAUGAUUAUUUCUUCACUUUCAUCUAUGUGGAACGAUUAUCCUGUUUGCAUUACGAUUCUCUGAACAGCAAACUUGUGUAUUCAUAUAUUGAUCUUGAUCUAAAACGCACCACGAGCAGCAACACUGUCAAUUAAUCUGUUAUCUUUUACUUACGGUUUACGACUCUUACGAUUGAUUCCCUACGAGCUCGCAUCUACGUGAGCUCAUCUACCGACCGCACGCCCUGCAGAACUAUCAUCAAAAAUUGGAAUAGUCAUCGACAAAAUGUCUGCUUCUACUUCUCGACCUCCCAAGCUCUCCCAGAAGGGCCCUUCUACUCCAACCAAGAGUGUGAAGGGUACAUCUUCGUCGAAAGGUAGCCCGGCUCCAGGAACCCCGUCCAAGCCUACUCCACCCAAGGUCGGUUCGAAAGCAAAGGAGCAAGCAAGCCCGGCUACGGAAAAGGCAGAGCAGUCACCCAAGGCUACUCCGCAGACCCCAAAGUCAGGAAAGAAGGGCAGACAAUCCGAGCAAAGAGUGCCAAAGUCUCCGCCGCCCCAGGAGGAGCCAGAGGAACCCGAGGAAGAGGAUGAGAACGAGGAGGAAGAAGACCAGCCCCAACAGCAGGGCAUUGAGAUGGAAGACAAUGAGGGCGGAGAAGAAGAAGAGGGAGAGGAGUCCGAAGGGGACCAGGACGAGGGCGAUUUGCAGGAAGCGGAGCCAGAACCUGUCAGUGAGGAGGAGUCUGAGGAGGAGCAAAAGCCUAAGCCGAAGGAACAACGCGAGGUUCCACAAGAAGACCAGCAGGCAUCGGGCUCAGGCUCCGGAUCCUUCUUGGGUCGGGCAAAGGGCCUUGCCAAUAAAGCAUCAAGUGCACAGAGUCUCGCUGGCGGUGUUAAGGAUACGGUCCAGGAUACUGCCAAGAAAGGCAAAUAUAUCGUGGGUGACAAUGUGCCCGUAGACCUAUCAAUUUUGAAAGGUCUCGAGGUCGGCGAAGGUGGAAAGGUUCUCGACCAGGCCGGCAAUCCGCUUGGUCGCGUCGUCGAAGGAGAACCAGAAGACCUCGUUGGGCAGGUCAUUGGUGACAACGGGGAGAUCCUCGAUGAAGAUGGAGACCUCGUUGGCCGCGUCGAAGUCCUGCCAGAGGCAGCUCAGCGUGUCUCUGACAAGGCCAAGGAGGUUCCUGAACAGGCAAAGGACACGACUGAGAAGGCCAAAGAUUCUCUGCCUAGUCUGGCCGACCUAGAGGGUCUGCCUGUCUCUCCCGGAGGAGUGAUCAAAGAUAGUAAAGGCAACGUCCUCGCAAAGCUCGUUGAAGGUGACCCGGAAGACCUCGAGGGCUACACACUAAACGGCGAAGGGGAUAUUGUGGACGAGGAUGGCGACCCAAUUGGCCGAGCCGAGCUCGUUAGGCAAGAGGCGAAGAAAGCCGUCGAGGACAAGACAGAUGAAGCAAAGGAAACCGUUGAUGAUCAAGCCCAAGGUGCCAGAGACAAAGCGGACGAAGCCAAAGAGGAUGCUGAACAGACCGCUGAUGAAUCAACUGCAUAUGCUCCUUCAGGCCCCGACCUGAGCAUCUUCGAUGAGCGCGAGGUCAAUGAUCAGGGCCAGGUCUUGGAUGACGAAGGCAAUGUCAUGGGUACCCUCGAGAGCGGCAAUGCUAGUGAGGCAGCCGGAAAAGUUGUCAACCAGAGAGGCCUAGUCGUGGAUGACGACGGCAACAUUGUUGGAAAGGUCGGUCUGGCUGAUGCCGCUAGAAAGACAGAAGAGGCUACCGAGGAUGCAGAGCAGGAAGCAGAAGAUGCUGAUCAGGAGGCUGAAGAAGAGCUCCCUCCGCUCUCCUCCCUCGAAGGUAUGAAGUGCAACAAGCAAGGAAAGAUUGUCAGGGAAGAUGGAACUCCAGUGGGAGAGCUCAUCGAAGGCGAUCCCAAAAAGUUGUCAAAGCUUGGAGUCCAACUCGAUGACAAGGCCCAGUUCUGGGACAACCGUGGAAAUGUAAUUGGCAAAGCUAAGACCAUUCCCGUGGAAGAGCCUGAGGACGAGGCACCUUUCGCAGGUCUGGAUGGCCUGAUUAUUGUCGAUAACGGAUGGGUCGAAGAUGAAAAUGAACACCGCGUUGGCAAGCUCGUUGACGGUGACGCAAAGAAGCUCGUUGGUCGAGCUGUGGACGAGGAUGGCGACGUUCUCGACAAGCGCGGUAACGUUGUCGGCCACGCUGAGCGUUGGGAGGAGCCUGAAGAGCCAGAGCCAGAAAAGCCCGACCUGUCAGUUGUUAAUGGUCUGACUCCCAACAAGGCUGGUAAUGUCAUUGGGCCCGAUCAGGUCCCUAUUGCCCGCGUUGUCGAGGGGAACCCGAAGGAACUCGCCGGUAAGAAAAUCGACGGAGAAGGUCAAAUUUGGAAUGACUCCGGGAAGGUCAUCGGACGUGUUGAGCUCAUCCCAGAGGAUGAACGAGAGACCAAUCCCGAGGGUCCCUUCGCCGGACUUGAGGGACUUGUGGUGAACAAAGAAGGCUUCGUUGAAGAUGAGGAGGGAAGCAUUGUGGGCAAGGUCGUGGAAGGAGACCCCAAGAAGCUCCGCGGACGCGCUGUCGACGAAGACGGAGAUAUUGUUGACAAGCACGGUAACGUCAAGGGACAUGUGGAGCCUUACGAGCCCCCAGAGGAAGAAGUUCCCGAAAAAAACUUGUCUGCCCUGGCUGGAAAGGUGGUCAACAAGGCUGGUAACGUGGUUGAUGAGCAUGGUACCGUCUUUGGCCGUAUCACCUCCGGCGACCCAAAGAAGCUUGCCGGCAAGAAAGUCGACGGUCAAGGUCAGAUCUGGAGCGAUGAUGGCAAGGUCAUUGGUAAGGCUGAGCUCAUCCCAGGAGACGAGCAGGAGAGACCUGAAGGACCUUUCUACGGCUUCGAAAAUCUAGUCGUCAGCAAGGACGGCAUGGUCACCGAUGCCUCUAGCAAGAUCGUCGGCCGUGUCACUCAGGGAGACAGCAAGAAACUCGAGGGUCGCAAGGUCGACGAGGAUGGUGAUAUCCUGGACAAAUCCGGCAACAGCAUCGGUAAAGCUGAGCGCUGGGAGCCUGAGGAGAAGAAGCGAAACGUCAACCCUAUGUCUGGCCGCAAAGUCAACAAAGAAGGCGAGGUCCGUGAUGCUGACGGCAAUCUCAUCGGCAAGUUGACGGAGGGCAAUCUGAAGAACCUCAUCGGCAAAGAGAUUGAUGACAAUGGCUACGUCGUAGAUAACGACGGCAACAAGAUCGGCGAAUGUACUCUGAUCGAAAACCUGCCUGAUGAAGAAGAAGGGCCUUCUCCAGAGGAGCUUGAGAAGCAGAAGAAAGCGGAAGAGGAUAAGCAGUUGGCACAGAAGAUGACCAACAUUGUCCAGCAAACGCUCUCCCAGAUCCAGCCUGUCUGUAAGAUGAUCACAGAGCACAUCGAGAAAGCCGACCGCACACCAAAGGAAGAGCUCGACGAAGAAAAGCUCGUCCAGGAAGUCAAGCCCCUGAUCGAAGAAGGCGGCCGCAUGCUUCAAGAAUGCAACGGAGCCAUCCGCGCUCUUGACCCGGAUGGCCGCAUCGCCGCAACCGCCAAAGCACGAGCUGCCCAGCGCGAUGCCACUCCUGAAGAAUACCAGCUCGCGGACGUCCUCAAAGAACUCACUGAGACAGUCGUCAAGACCAUUGACAACGCCCGCAAGCGCAUUGCCGAUAUGCCUCAUGCCAAGAAGAAGCUGAACCCUCUCUGGGCCCUGCUCAGCGAACCGCUCUUCCAGAUCAUUGCGGCGGUUGGACUGCUUCUUACCGGUGUACUGGGUCUGGUUGGAAGACUGCUCGAAGGUCUGGGCCUCGGACCCCUUGUUCACGGACUACUCGGUGGACUGGGUAUCGAUCGCUUGUUCCAGGGUCUAGGACUUGGCUCCAUUACGGAAGCGUUGGGGUUGGGUAGCAAGAAGAAAUAAAUUGGCCUCUCUACUCGUGAAUAGAAACGAUGAAUGAUGAUGGUCAUGUGGCGGGAAAGGAAACCUCUCGGUCAAUGUUCAGUUAUAUAUAUUUACGAUUCGGUUACCUAUUGUGCACUAUCAGUGAUGUUCUGUGUUUGUUUUGUUUCUUUUUGCGCAGGAUAUCAAAUUAUAUAAUUAGUUCUUAAUUUCCAAAAUAGUAUUUCUUCUAUUAAAAUAAUUUGAUCCAAGGUUUUU